UCUUUCGGGGCUGCUCGGUUCCCGGGUGUGUGUGUGUAUGUGUGUGUGUGCGCGCGUGUGUGUGUACUGUAUGAACGCGCGGAGGUAAACGUGUGCGUGCGUGUGUGCGUGCGCCCGUUCUGUCAUGGAGGAGCUCGCCCGGGAGAGCAUCACCCUGCUGGCCUCCGCCUCCGCCAAGCCCCCGCUGGACGCCGCGGGGCCCCGGCUCGGCUCCUUGGGGGCCAUAUUCAUCAUGUUGAAGUCCGCCCUGGGCGCCGGGCUCCUCAACUUCCCCUGGGCUUUCGACAGAGCCGGGGGGAUCCGCAGCGCCGUCACCGUGGAGCUGAUUUCCCUUGUGUUCCUGAUCAGCGGCCUGAUCAUCCUGGGCUACUCCUCGUCCAUCAGCGGUCAGUGCACCUACCAGGCGGUGGUCAAGGAGGUGUGCGGCCCCGUCAUCGGUCAGCUGUGUGAGAUCUGCUUCGUCUUCAACCUCUUCAUGAUCUCUGUGGCUUUCCUGGUCAUCCUGGAUGACCAGCUGGAGAAGUUGUGCGGCUCCUUAUACGAGGUGGUCACUGGUUUGCCGGAGUCCGAUAUGCCGUAUCACUGGUACACAGACCAACACUUCGCCCUGGUUCUGCUCUGUGUCCUCCUCAUCCUGCCCAUGUCCAUCCCCAAAGAGAUCAGCAUUCAGAAAUACAUCAGUGUUUUAGGAACUCUGGCUGCAACCUACCUGACCAUCGCCAUCGUCAUCAAAUACCACACCAUGCCUUCCGUUCUGGCUCGCAUCAGUCCCAUGUACAACAGCGGGGCCGGUUCCUGGGCGUCCACGUUCAGCGUCAUCCCGACCAUCUGCUUCGGUUUCCAGUGCCACGAGGCGUCCAUCGCCAUCUACAGCAGCAUGGAGAACCAGCGUCUGUCCCACUGGGUGGUCAUCUCUGUGGUCUCCAUGUUCUUCUGCCUCAUCAUCUAUUCCCUCACAGGGGUUUAUGGGUACCUGACAUUUGGAAAGGACGUGAAGGCUGACAUUUUGAUGUCAUAUGCAGGUGAUGACAUUCUGAUGCUGGUGGCCAGGCUGCUGUUUGGAGUCUCCAUCAUCACCGUCUAUCCCAUCAUCCUGCUGCUCAGCAGGUCUGUGAUCCAGGAUCCUCUGCUCGGCUGGAGGCGGAGGCGGAGCGGCGUGGCCACGGCCGACUUCGAAAGCCGCAGCCGCUACGUUCUGACGGUGCUGUGGAUCAUGGCCACGCUGCUGAUCGCCAUGUUCGUACCCGACAUCAGCAAGGUCAUCAGCGUCAUCGGAGGCAUCAGCGCCUUUUUCAUCUUCAUCUUCCCAGGGCUGUGUUUGAUGUUUGCCAUGCAGUCGGAGCCAGUGUCCUGUAAGACCAGAGUCGUUCUUACCAUCUGGGGGGUCAUGACCCUCAUCUGCGGAGCCUUCAUCUUCGGUCAGAGCACCACCAUCGCUGUCAUGCAGCUCCUCGGCAACAUCUGACUCCUCCUCUUCCUCCUCCCCUUCCUCCUCCUCCCCUUCCUCCUCCUCCUCUUCCUCCUCCUCCUCCUCCUCUUCCUCCUCCUCCUCCUCUUCCUCCUCUUCUUCCUCCUACUCCUCCUCCUCCUCCAGGUGUUUCCUCAGAGCCUACAGUCCUUCAUGCUUCCUGUCCUCUUCUGCAUCAUUUACACAUUUAUGACCAACAACGACAUCUGUUCCUUCUGUGUCUAAAACCUCAGGUAUUUAAGUUGUUACUGGUUAAAUCUGGAUCAAUGUUACAUUAAAACAAACUUAUAUUUUGUCAUAAAGUUUGGUCACUUUCUUAAAAUUACUCGUUUUUUUUUUGCAUGUAAUAAAACCAUUUAAACACAAUGCAAAAGGGUGGAAUGAACUGGACCCACAUGAACUGGACCCACAUGAACUGGACCAAAACAGUGUGAACUCAUAUGAGUAUUUGUUUGUGUUUCUGUUCUUUAAGGAUAUUUCUGUCAUUUGCACACUUGUCUGUUUCAUUCCAAGGCUUAAAUGUUUCCAGGACUGGGGUCAGGAGGCUUUAACUGGAUGUAUAUGUAUGAAUAUGUAUAUGUACAUGUAUGUUAUAAUGUGUGUAAAUAUGUUCAUGUUCCAGGUGUUUACGUGUGGAAAUGAGCUGAGCUGCAUUCUCACAUUUAUUACAUGGAUGUUCUCUGCCUUGGUGAAUGUUUA